AUUCUCGGCAACACGACAGCAACAACACGUCUUCCGCUGCAUGUCAAGUAUCCCUCAAGGCUUUCUGACCUGCGUGGUGAAGGCUUCCUACAAGAGAAGUAUAUACAAUUCGAGUGACGUCAUGACGAAUCUGCGAACUCCAUGGACUCACUGGCUGACACUGCUACUGCUGAUGGCGACCAGCAUGAUGCUACUGUCAGCCCAGGAGAUGGAAGACCAAGAAAAUUACGCUUCCGAUAUCUUCUCCAACAUUUUUAAUUCCCUGGUCAAAGAUGGCGAGAUCGAGCUUCUGGGUCACUACUGUUCUUAUUCCACGCGCCCUUACUUUCUUCGAUGGCGGCUGAAGUUCAAGAGCAAAGUCUGGUGCCCGGGUUGGACGCUCGUCUACGGCAGCGCCAGUGAAAGCUCCAGUGUGUCUAACAGCAUUCAAAACGCCAUCAUCAACUUCAUCCAGAAAGCUUACCAAGAAGGUGUCAUAACCGAGGAGGAUGCAAAGCCAUGGUUGCAGGGGAGCCAUUGACCGGUUGCAAGGACGCCCAUGUUGCAGUGACUGCUGCGAGAAUACUACAUU